GCUUGAUCGUCGAUCACGUGAUGUUGACCCUGUUAAUCGUAACCGCCGUGAUCGGCAGUGUGGUGCCAUCACGUGACACUUUUGACACGCCGUCGUUUUGCGAUGAAGACUGUCCCAAAUAUCAAACGCUGUGCCGCGACGAUGACUACGAAGUUCGGCGUUAUCUUGCCGGUAAAUGGGUGUCAACGAUGGAGACUGGACUCGUAUCAUCAGCUGCCUCGAUGCGGGCAUCGUGGAGGCUGUCCAGCUACAUGUCUGGUUCCGAGAAUGUACAAGGUGUUAAUAUUCCCACCACAAACCUCGUCCUAGUCGAAGCAGAUAAUCGAAAAAAUGAUUGGAUGAAGGAAUACGUUGUGUCGUUCUACCUGCCAGAACAAGUCGGAGAUAACCCACCGCAACCUUCGAAUGGGAAUGUGUUCAUUCAGGAAACACAACCAUUCACUGUGUUUGUGUCGAACUUUGGUGGAUUCGCCAUGGAUCCUGUUCCUAAGCAACAAGCAAAUAAACUAUUUCGUCUACUUGAUGAAGAUGGAAUCGACAAUUACUCGACUGAUUAUUACUAUACCGCCACCUACGACACGCCAGGAAAGCUUGUCAAUCGUCACAACGAAAUCUGGAUUCAGGUGAAAUCAGAGGGCGUUGACUCUGACAGUUUAUGUAAAGGGAAGACACACAAACCAAUCGCGAACGUGCCGCCAUCUACGAUAAAACGAUGCACAGAGGUUGAAUGUCCGGACUACGAAGUACUCGAUACUUAUGGUGGUGGCAUUGAAAAGCGUCGCUAUGACAAGGCGGUAUACAUUAACAUGGAGUUAGAUUCGUGUUUAUAUGAUAUUUCUUCCGGCGUAGGAUAUUGGUCACUGUCUAAUUACUUUGCAGAUACCACUAAUAAUGACCCUGUCGCUAUAGGUGAAAACAGUCGGCAUGAAGUAAUUAACUCAACAGCGCCGAUAACGAUGACUGUGAAAGAAACGCACUCUGGCGGCAGUAUUAGUGAUCUGUUAAACUGUGACAAGUCUUACGACAUGUCGUUCUAUCUACCAAAAUCACUGCAUGAAGAUCCGCCGCGACCAAUCAUGAGCGACAUGAGAAUUCAAAGAGCGCCACCUGUCGAUGUCUUUGUGAAAGGAUUUGGUGGGUGGAUGAAUUCCGUCUCCGUGCGGGGUCAUUUAAGGAAGAUGCGCAGAAAACUUAAUGAAUUAGGUUUGUGUUUUCUGGAAAACCCGUACAUAAUAGUUCGCUAUAAUGCACCGUGGGCACUAUUUGGAAGGAGGAACGAAGUGUGGAUGUUACCUUGUAAAGAUUUGACUCCAACUGCUGUCCCAACUGGAAGUGACUCUGACGUCACAAUCGCCAGGGUUCGACCAAGCACGGACGAUUCUGGAAGUGUGACGUCAUUCAAUGAUUUCCAUACCAAAGACGCGACGGAGGCGACAACACAGAGUCACGUGUACACAAACAAAGUCACGACAGCAGGCCCAUUGUGUGAUUGUCCCGAGUAUGACGUCAUAGCUUCGCCUAUUGAUGGAAUCGAGGAAAGGAUCUACAGAGCUAAGAAGUGGGUCAGUGUAACAUUACAGGCAUGUAGUUCCACAGACGCCAGGCUGAUUGCAUUGCGCCCUCUGGAGAGAUAUAUGAACGGGCUGAACUCUGAGGCCAUCGAAAUGCAAAUGAUGUCGCCAAUAAUAACCACUGUUGACAUGACAACGACAUACGAACUUGGCUGCAAUGGAUCAUAUACUGUAUCCACGUAUAUCGAUGACAGAUUUCAAGAUAGUCCACCAAACCCGAGAGAACGUGGUGUUUAUAUUACUAUUAUGAGACCGCGGAUUUACGCCAAGAGAUACGAAGGUGCAUCUGCAGAUAAUACACAUGCAGAGAUGGAGAGCGCCCUCAUAUCCGACGAAAUCUGCCAUUUGGUGUCACGUGGAUAUUACUUUGAUGCAGAUUUCAACUCAGUGCCAAACACAGUUGACCCCAGAAACGAAGUAUGGUUGCCGACUCAGUUCUGCGUCCAAGAUGACGUCACCAACGUUCAACGAUCUUUGGACAAAUUGAAGAAAAAGAAAUUGUUUGCAGACCCCCCGUACAAUGAGGAAUUUGAGAUGAAACAGCCUGAAUGCUCCGAUACCAGUAUUCAAUGUAUUGAAGGCGCUGUUGACGAAAUCACUCUUCAUUACGAAAAGAGAACUUAUGAAGAAGGUGUGAAAUUAAUAUGCACGAAAUCUACAUCAUGUGACUAUUUAAGCGCCAAUCAGAUGUCUCGUUACUGGCUGGCCCAUUACGGUGAACUUGUUGAUGUCCGUGUCAAUACAAGCGUGCCCACACUCAUACAGAUGAACAUGGAUGACUUGGACUAUGUCGGUUGCAAUAAGGACUAUACGAGGUGUGUAUAUGCUCCACGUGAGUUGCAGAGUUCAAUGACCACUGCAGAUCAUCCUAAGAUAUUCAUACGAUACAUGCCACAUACGACGUUCUACGUAACGGCCUUUGGUGGUUACGUGUCGGAUGACGUUAUUAAGCGUCAUGUCCGCGGCUUACGCAAUAAAUUAGACGAUGAAGAAUUACAAUACGAGAAUUAUUUCUUCGCCGCUACGUACAAUGAGCCUCUGCACGUUGAAGAUAGAUACAACGAGAUAUGGAUACCAGUGUCUUAGUGCCACGUACAACAGUCCAUUAAAAAUUGUCAACGAUCACGGUCAUUUCAUGUGAACACUUCCGAACAUUUCAAUUGAACACUAUCUUCCAUUUUGACGCCGGUUUCCAUAUCAAUGUCUGGUUCAAAGUUCGUUGUUUGCACAUAUUACAAUGAAUAUUUACUGAACUGCGUGUGAAUCUAAUUUUAAGGCAUUCAAAUAUGUAUUUGCAAUGUUCAUAUCUAAUUUUCCGAAUAAGGAAACUUAUAGUCAAUGCAUGUUAAUUAAAUCUUGAGCGGUGUAUUGCCAUAGUAUUCCAAUAUUAUGUUGAUUUCGCGGCACUUAGGGUAGAAGGAUGGACAUUCAAGGUGCUGUUUAUGUUGUUUUUUUUGAAUAAAAAUUACUUUGGCAUUUGUUUUA